AUGAAUGUGAAGAUUAUUUCUUGGAAUGUUAGAGGGUUGAAUGAGCAGGAUAAAAGGCUUUGGGUCAGAAAUUUGAUUAGGAGUUGGAGGCCGGAUAUUGUAUGUCUUCAAGAAACUAAAAUGGAAUUGAUAACUAGAGUUGUGAUUCGAAGUCUGUGGGGUGGCCAACAUGUUGAUUGGUCAUAUUUAGGUUCUUGUGGAGCUUCUAGAGGGGUGUUACUGAUGUGGGACACACGAGUUGUGGACAAAGUGGAGGAAGCAGUGGGACAUUUUUCAGUUUCUUCGGGUGACAGAAGGUUUUUAUGGGAGGAAUUAUCUGGGUUGAGCAGUUGGUGGAAUGUGCCAUGGUGUGUGGGAGGUGAUUUUAAUGUGGUAAGAUUCCCUUCCGAACGUGCUGGUGCUACUGCGUUUACUGCUGCUAUGCGUGAGUUUUCUGAGUUUAUUUCAGAGCAAGGUCUGAUUGAUAUCCCGUUGGAAGGGGGAACUUUUACUUGGUCUAAUUCUCGUGAAGUUGCAUCGAAGGCUAGGCUGGACAGAUUCUUAUUCUCUCAAGAUUGGGAGGAUAAGUUCCCUACUGUUUGCCAGCGAAGAAUGUCGAGGCUCUUAUCAGAUCAUUUUCCGAUUGUCUUGGAAGGUGGAUCCUUUCAUAGGGGCAGGAGGCCGUUUCGAUUUGAAAAUAUGUGGCUUAAGGAUGAGGGUUUUGUGGAAAGGGUGCGAUCUUGGUGGGAAUCUUAUCAUUUGCAGGGGGCUCCGAGUUUUGUGUUGGCUAACAAACUAAAGCUUCUGAAACAUGAUUUGAAAAAAUGGAAUGUAGAGGUUUUUGGUAAUGUAGAAGAACGGGGGAAACAAUUGUGGAAGGAUCUUAGUGUUCUAGAGACUAUUGAGGAUAGUCGUGGUCUAACAGAAGAGGAAAAGUUGGAGUUGGAAAGGAUCCGAGGGGAGUUAGAGAAAGCUUCUCUUUUGGAAGAAAUUUGUUGGAGACAGAAAUCUAGAGUUCUUUGUAUUAGAGAAGGUGACAGGAAUACUAAGUUCUUUCAUCGUGUAGCCAAUUCUCACAGGAGAUUUAACUCCAUUGAUAGGCUUACGGUAGAUGGAGAAUUGUCUUCAGAUCCGGAGGCCAUAGCAGAGUGUAUCUCUCGUUUUUAG